CGGCGCGCAGGGCUGGAUGCGUCUGUGUUUCAGUCUAUCGAUGUCUUUUCUACAAUCAGCUGAGCUGUCUUUGCACGAUAUUUGUCCUUUUUAAUCAUGUGUUUGAAAAAUGCCAAGCUGUUUUGCGAAUGUUUCACAGUUCAGGACUCUUUGUCUUACUGCUGAUGGUGCUGGAGUGGACCCAUCCAGGCCUAUCCUCCCCAUUACGCCCCAUCUGUGACCUUCGCGUCCUGGACCAUUUCAUCAAGGAGGCCUGGGAUGCAGAGGCUGCCAUGAGAGCUUGUAACGAUGACUGCACCAUUGCAACAAACCUCACUGUUCCUCUGACACGAGUUGAUUUUGAGGUGUGGGAAGCAAUGAAUAUACUGGAGCAAGCUCAGGAGGUCCAGUCAGGCCUGAAUGUGCUGAAUGAGGCCAUCGGCUCACUAAAGGCAUACAACCAAACUGACGUGAUACACUCCCACAUAGAUUCCAGUGUUAGUAACAUUGCCAGCAUCAGACAGGUGUUGCGAAGUCUCAGCAUACCGGAAUAUGUGUCUUCAAGCAGUGAAGAUGAGGGCCCGGAGAUGCAGAAAGUGUCCUCAAUUUCAGAGCUGUUUCGGGUACACAUUAAUUUUCUGCGAGGGAAAGUGCGCCUCCUGUUUGCCAAUGCACCUGUCUGUCAUCAGGGUGUCAGCUGAUAGAAACUCCAGGACAAGGGUCAAAGUAGUUGGAGCUCCUCAUAUGGACAUGGACUAUUACAGAGAUUAAUUUUUGCAGAAGAACAGAGUCACAAAGGAUAUGUUGUCAGAGUUUGAAGAAAUGACCAGGACUUGUAGCACUUUGUGAAAAGAGAUUUUUUAAUAUUUACUGUAAAGGGAAAAGGAAGGAGACAAACCUCUUACUCAUCACACACCACAUCCCCCAGAAUGCCUUAUGAUUAAGGCGGUCUACUCUAUGUGUGUUGAGCAUUCACACGCCCACCUGCAUUAACUGAAAAAAUCAAACGAAAGGAAUCAAACACUUGCCAGAAAUCACUCCUCUUACCCCAUAUGACUGAUGGCACUUGUCACCCAGCUCAACUAAGAAGAUUUAUCCCGGACUCUUUACAUGUGUUUUGUAUCACUUUUGAAAUUGUCAUUAUUUAUAUGAUAUAUUUCUUAGAGCUGGAAUCACUGGCUUUUGCAAAUUCUUCUCUGAAGACAUUCAUGUGAAGACACCUUUUUCUCCAUGUACUGCUGCCUCAAGCACCUCCAAACAUUGAACU